AUGCCCGAAGAUCCCCGAAGCCCCGUAGAUACCCGACCCCCCCCCCAGGAACCCCGGCCACCGCCCGACCCACCCGACCCGAAGUCGACAUGCGCCCCCCGUCCCCGCCGACCCAGACCUACUCCCAGCCGAAAGGCCGCGCCCCGACGUCCCACCCCUCAGCCGCCGCCCGCCCCGAACCCCCCCCAGCCCCAUGACGACCCCGCCCCCCGAACGAAUGGUAUGAGGUUGGUGAUUUGCCUGUUGGUGCUUACUAGUGUGGUGCUAGCUGAUGAGGGUGAAGCCUCUGUAGAAGUGGAUGAUGCUUCUGUUGAUGACGCUGAAGCUACUGUAGAAACUGUAGAGGAUAUAAGUUAUGUGACGCCUACUUUGCCUUCUGGAUCGUCUGUUUAUAUGGCCGAGCAUUUUGAUGACCCAACAAGUUUUAAAAAGAAAUGGAUUAAAUCUGAGGCAAAAAAAGAAGGAAUUGAUGAAGACAUAGCUAAAUAUGAUGGAUUGUGGGAGGUGGAGGCAGCGGAGAGAGAUCCGCUAAAGGGAGAUUCAGGUCUGGUGCUCAAGUCAAAGGCCAAACAUUCGGCCAUUGCAGCCAAGCUGGACCGGCCUUUUGUGUUUGGAGAGCGGCCACUAGUGGUGCAGUAUGAGGUGCUACAUCAGACCGGGCAAGAGUGUGGCGGAGCAUAUCUCAAGCUGCUGAGUGUGGAUCGGCAGUCUGCUGACCUGCGCCAGUUGCAUGAUAAGACUCCUUAUACCAUCAUGUUCGGUCCUGACAAGUGUGGCAAUGAUUAUAAGCUACAUUUCAUCUUCAGACAUAAGAAUCCUUUGAAUGGAACUUUGUCUGAAAAACAUUGUAAGAAGCCCAAAGAGCGACUGGAUGAGCCGUUCACUGACAAGACACCUCACUUGUAUACUCUGAUCUUGAGGCCAGACAACACCUUCCAGAUAUACCUCGAUCAUAAGGUUGUCAAUGAGGGUAGUCUACUGGAAGACUUUACCCCUCCAGUGAAUCCACAAGCAGAGAUUGACGAUCCAGCAGAUGUGAAGCCUGCAGACUGGGACGAGAGAGAGAAGAUUCCUGAUGCCGACGCACGCAAGCCUGAUGAUUGGGACGAAGAUGCACCACAGUAUAUUCCUGACCCUAGUGCUGUCAAGCCAACCGGAUGGCUUGAUGAUGAGCCUCCAAACAUCCCAGAUCCUUCUGCUGAGAAACCGUCUGAUUGGGAUGAAGAAAUAGAUGGGGAGUGGGAGGCCCCACUGGUAAACAACCCUGCAUGUGAAGAGGCGCCAGGCUGCGGAGAGUGGAAACCUGCUGACAUUGUUAACCCUGCAUUCAAGGGAAAAUGGAGAGCUCCUAUGAUAGACAAUCCCAACUAUCAAGGCAAGUGGGCUCCACGUCGUAUACCCAACCCGGAGUACUUUGAGGACAAGCAUCCUUUCAAGAUGACAUCCAUUUUUGCGGUUGGUUUCGAGUUAUGGUCCAUGUCCAAUCAGAUUUUGUUUGACAAUAUAAUCAUCACAGAUGACCCAUCUGUCGCCACCCUGUGGGCUUCACAAACGUUUGAUCUCAAGAGGAAGAAGAUAGAGAAGGAAGCAGAGAGUUUGGUCACCUCUGUUCUCAACUACACCAAUGAGCAUCCUUGGCUCUGGGCUGUGUACGUAGUGGUCAUUGGCCUCCCUAUAGUACUCAUAGUCUUCUUCUGCUGUAGUGGAUCUUCAUCUCAGGAGAAAGAAGAGCUAGCAAGACGGGCAGAAGCAAAGAAGACUGAUGAACAACUACCUGAUGAUGAGAUUGAAGAAAUUACAGAAGAAGAAAGUAGAGAAAACGAAGAAGUAGAAGAUAAAGAAGUAUCAUCAACACUGGAAAAAGAAGAAUCAGCAGAAGAGGGGGAAGCGACCCAGGAACCUGCAGGUGGCAGUGGUGAUGCUCCAUCUUCUCCCCGGAAACGCUCUUCACGGAAAGACUGAUAGGUUUAACUGCCUGCCACUCAAUAGUCAUGGCCUUACAUUUCCCAUGUAGUUUUUCAUGUUUACUGGUGGGCAAAUGUAUAUUUAACGAGCUUUACAGACAUUUUUACUCGUACUCUUUUUAUUUCAUUCUUGUACAUUUAUUGGUUUUGUAAAAAAAGAUAAACUAAGCAUAAACCUAAUCUUACUUCAAACUGUAUCUGUAAUAUAUAACACUAAAAUUGUUUUUAUCCAAACAAUUUUAAAAUGUGUAUACUGUAUCUUGUUGUAAAAAUCUGUUGUCAAACAAACAUGUUACUUGAAACAUAUGAUUUCAUUACUGGAUUGAAAUUUAGCAGACCAUGAAUCAUUAGUACAUGUAUUUAUAGUGUAUUUAUGAUGUUAAAACUGUACAUUUUGUUGAUAACUAUCAAUUUUCAUUCAUGUGUUUCGAAAAUUAAACAUAUUUUUAGUAUUAUUUGCUUUUAUUGUAUUGUUAUCAAUAUAUUUUUACUCACUUACUGUGGACUUUAAAAAGUGGUUGCAGGAAGCAUAUUUCUGGUUAGUUAUUGACGUUAUCAGUGACCAUAAUGAACUAUAAAUUUGAUUUGAGACUGUUUUAAACAAACAUAGUCUGUUGGUGAGAGUGUUCGUAGUCUUAGUCCUCUGAGGAACACAUUUUUAUACAUUUAAGUUAGUUGAGACCAAUAUAUAUAUUAUAUAUUUAUAGCUUAUGUUAAAGUAAUAUAUUAUUAAAUCUGGCUGUAAGCUGGUUACGUAAAGUUGAUGUGUAGAUUAGGUAUUUCUCAUGUUGUAUUUUUAAUGAAUUAGUAGUAAAUUUUUAGUUCACCUGGAUCAUAUUUUGCUAAAUUCCCGUAGUUGUGUCAUAAUACAUUAUGAAUUUUCUAAAAAUGAGUAUAUUUGGAACAUUUAGUGUAAAAAUCUCAAAUUAUUCAAUUUGUUGAAAUUCUUUUUAUUAUUUGGCUUUAAUAUAAAAGGACCGAACCUCAAAAUUAAAGUCUAGUCAGAUCAUGGGCAGUUGUUUAGGUUAAGUUAGCAAUAUUGUAACCGUGUUUUCAUAUUUCAUCAAUAACUGCACGUGAUUGUACAUAUGUUCCAUUUUAAUUCAUUCAGUAACCAAAGUUUGUGUAGUAUAUUUCAUGUUUGAUGCAGUGAAAUAGCAUACUGUUACAUUGUAUAAUAUAAACUUGCUUUUUUUUUAGAUUGUACAGUUUAAACCAAGAUGAGGUUUUGGUUUUCAUUGUUUUAAUAAAGUUUUGUGUGAGUGUGAAAGUGAGUUCAUUGCAUCAAAUUGUGAAUUACCUGCCUUAUUGCGUUAAGUGAAACUUGUGUUUGAAGUAUUUAUGUUAUUUUCAGUUUGUAAUAAACAUUUAUUAUGAAAA